GACCUCAGCCACAUCAGGUUGGCUUUGGGAAGGACCCUCUGUGGGUGGGGGGAUUCAUUUUGGGGUCUCCACCAUGCCUGACCCGGCAGGGGAUGAGGAAUCUCUUCCAGGUGGGAUUUACGGGGGAUUUGCACCCUUCCCCUCAGUGCAGCCCCGUUUCUCUCCCCUCUGCCCCGUUUUUCUGCCUCAGAUCGCCAUCUACGGCACCAAUUUCUGCACCUCAGCCCGGAACGCGUUCUUCCUGCUGAUGAGGAACAUCAUCAGGGUGGCCGUGUUAGAUAAAGUCACAGAUUUUCUCUUCUUCCUCGGGAAGCUCCUCAUCGUGGGAAGCGUGGGAAUCCUCGCCUUCUUCUUCUUCACCCAGCGGAUAAAGCUGGUCCAGGACACGGCGCCGUCGCUCAAUUACUACUGGGUCCCGAUUCUGACGGUGAUCGUGGGCUCCUACCUCAUCGCCCACGGCUUCUUCAGCGUCUACAGCAUGUGCGUGGACACCCUGUUCCUCUGCUUCUGUGAAGAUCUGGAGAGAAACGAUGGAUCUCCCGAGAGGCCUUACUACAUGUCCCCCGAGCUCAGCGAGAUCCUGCUCAAGGGGCAUCUAGAACCUUCCAAAAGCGCCGAUAGCCAAGGCUAGGGCUCGGCGCCRGGCGGARGCCGCGGGACCCUCCUGGCCCCCCRAACCCCGCUCUGUCCCCYGGAAUUCCUUCCUGAGGGUGGUGGGUGCUGACCCUCAGCGCCCAGUGGUGUCCAGUUUGCCUUCCUGCCCCAAAAUCCGCGUUCCUGCAUCGAGAGAACCCACCCGGAGUGGCUCGGGGGUCCCGGUAGCGCCCGGCGAGGAGCGCGGUGUCCGGAGACCGUCGUGGUUUUGRCGCAGAGAUCGAUCUUUGUUGCUGAGGGAG